AUGGAUGGCUUCAGCGACGCUGACUUUGAUGCCCUAUGGCGGUACUUCGAGCAGACAUGCGGUGUGUACUUAAAGAAGCACCGCCCGGUUGCAGCACUCUCCGAGGCCGACUUUGACCUUGCCAUGCGAAGCAUCGAGGAUGCGGCAGACAGGGUGGACGAGGCCUCAGCGGGCUCGGUGCAGAAGAAGGCCAAGGAGGCCGACCUGAUGAAAAAGGUUGAGAGCGUCCGCGAUGGACUCGAUCAAGCCGUCAGCGGGGACAAGCAGGCCCUGAGCCGCGUCUUCGCCGAUCGCGGCUGCGAGCGGAUCGGCCGACUGCGGCUAGUCGUGGACACGGUGCAGCUAGAGGUCUAUCACACCGAUCCGCGAUGGAAGCACUUGCUGAGCAAAUGCUCCACAAUCGAGGCGGUGCUGAAGGAGCUUGGGGCUUUUCGCCCCUGGAAGCCCUCGCAAGGCAGCGGCCACUCAGAGAGCUUGCUGAGGCGGGCCAUGGUCAAGGAAUUGCGCCACCGGCACGGCGAGGCCGACGAUCUUCCCGAGGAGGAGCCCCCGGCAACCGGAGGUUAUGCCGCAGCGAAGCAGGUGGAGGAGCCCGGGGCACCCUAUGUCACCCAGCCGCUGCCGGAACCGGAGCCUGCCAGCACAGGACUGCCGCAUGCUCCGCUCAUCCGCUCCGAGCAAGAAGAGUCGGAAGAGGAGCAGGAGCCCCUUUACGAAGAGGUGGCGGCCAGCAAGGUGCAUGCAGCGCAAGCCGCGCAAGCGAAAAAGUUCGAGGACGAAGAGGUGACAGACCCAAACAGCGUUCGGGCCUCCGCGCCGGACGAUUGCUACGAUGACGAGACAUCGAGGAGGCUUCGCUACACCCACCCGGACAGUGUGCUCGAGGGAUGGGUGUGGAAGCGCAGCCGCUUCCUCAAGCGCUGGCGGCGGCGAUGGUUGGUCCUGCUGCCAUCCGGAUUGAGGAGCUUCAAAUACCGGGGGCACAAAGAGCCCACAGAGAGCGUCCAGAACGGGAGCGUGAUGCGAGUUUACAGCGCUGACGGAGAGGUGCAGCAAGCGCGGUGUUUCUGCGUCGUCGUGCGCGAAAGGAACUACUACAUGGUCUGCGACGACGAGACUCAGAAGCGUGCCUGGAUGUUGGAGAUCGAGAAAGUCCUUUGUCACAGGUAA